AUGACUCAAGACACCAGUUCUAAGAGUGUCCAGAAGCCCAGAGCAGAGUCACCUACAACCAGCCUGCUAUCAAUGAAGAGUGAUCAGCCACUUGCUUUCAGCCAGGAACCAUUACCAGAUGACAAUAAGGAAGUGGAGAGUUUGGACAGUGAGGAUGCAUUAAAGAUCACAAACAACCUUCUGGACAGAAGAAGUCAAACUCUGCUGACAGUCCAACAAGACAUUAAGGCUAAACUGAUACACAAGUAUCAACACAUAUCUGAAGGAAUUGGACACCAUGGAAACCAAAAUCUGUUCAAUGACAUCUACACAGAGCUCUACAUCACAGAGGGUGGAAGUGGAGGGCUCAAUAAUGAACAUGAGGUUAGACAGAUAGAGAUGGCAUCCAAGAAACAAACCACACAAGAGACAUCAAUCAAAUGCAACGACAUCUUCAAGCCUUUACCUGGACAAGACAAACCUAUCAGAACUGUGCUGACAAAAGGAAUCGCUGGUAUUGGAAAAACAGUCUCUGUGCAGAAGGUCAUCCUUGACUGGGCAGAGGGAAAAGCAAAUCAGGACGUUCAUUUCAUGUUUCCUCUUCCUUUCCGUGAUCUGAACCUGAAAAAGGACCAAUACAGUCUGAUGCAACUUCUUUCCCACUACUUCUCAGAGCUGAAAGAGAUUGACAGCAUUGAAGAUGGUGAAACCAAAACUGUUUUCAUUUUUGAUGGUCUGGAUGAGUGUCGACUUCCUCUAGACUUCAAAAACAAUGAGAAGUGCUGUGAUGUCACGAAGCCAACCUCAGUGGACGUGCUGCUGACAAACCUCAUCAAGAGGAAUUUGCUUCCCUCUGCUCUCCUCUGGACAGAAGGAGGAGUAUUUCAGGAAGAAAAUCACAGAUCAGAUUCUGCCAAUGAUAUCAUCAAACACAUGAAGACAUCAAGGAGCCUCCACAUCAUGUGCCACAUGCCAGUCUUCUGUUGGAUAUCAGCCACUGUCCUUGAGAUGAUACUGAAAGAGGCAUGGAAGGAUGAAGUCCCCAAAACUCUGACCCAGAUGUACUCACAAUUCAUACUCAUCCAAAUCAUCGUGAAGAACAGGAAGUACAACAAAGCCACAGAGACAAACCCAAAGGAACUGUCUCAGUCAGACAAAGAGAUUAUCCUGAAACUGGCAAAGCUGGCUUUCCAACAGCUGCAGAAGGGCAACCUGAUCUUCUAUGAGGAGGACCUGAGAGAGUGUGGCCUUGAUGUCACAGAGGCAUCAGAGUACUCAGCAUUGUGUACAGAGAUCUUUAAAGAAGAAUCUGGGCUGUACCAAGAGAAGGUCUACAGCUUUGUGCAUCUGAGCAUUCAGGAGUUUCUAGCAGCAGUGCAUGCUUUAGAAUCAUGUCUGGACAAGAAGGAAAAUGUUUUCUCCCCCAAAGCAGUCACUAGUGAUGAUGAUGAUGAAGAUAAGGAGUCAAUCAUAAAAGCAGUCACUAGUGAUGAUGAAGAGGAGUCAAUCAUAAAAGCAGUCACUAGUGAUGAUGAAGAGGAGUCAAUCAUAAAAGCAGUCACUAGUUAUGAUGAAGAGGAGUCAAUCAUAAAAGCAGUCACUUGUGAUGAUGAAGAGGAGUCAAUCAUAAAAGCAGUCACUAGUGAUGAUGAAGAGGAGUCAAUCAUAAAAGCAGUCACUAGUUAUGAUGAAGAGAAGGAGUUAAUCAUAAAAGCAGUCACUAGUGAUGAUGAAGAGGAGUCAAUCAUAAAAGCAGUCACUAGUUAUGAUGAAGAGAAGGAGUCAAUCAUAAAAGCAGUCACUAGUUAUGAUGAUGAUGAUUACUGUGAUUAUGGUGAUGAUGAUUACAAUCAUGAUGAAGACGAGAAGGAUGAUGAAGAGGAGUCAAUCCAGUUGUCUGACUUACACAGGAGAGCAGUGGACCAGGCCUUGAAGAGUGAGAAUGGACACCUGGACCUGUUCCUCCGCUUCCUUCUGGGUCUCUCACUGGAGUCCAAUCAGAAUCUGUUACGAGGCCUUCUGACACAGACAGGAAGUACAACACAGACCAAUGAGGAAACAGUUGAGAGAACAGUUGAGUACCUUUCAGAUAAGAUCGUGGAGGAAUCCUCACCAGAAAGGAUCAUCAACUUGUUCCACUGUCUGAAUGAACUUGGUGCCAACUCUCUAGUUGAAGACAUGCAGACCUCCCUGCAUUCAGGAACUCUUUCAGAAAUAAAACUAAAACCUGACCAAUGUUCAGCCCUGGCCUACCUGUUACUGAUGUCAGAGGAGGUGCUGGAGGAGUUUGACCUGAAGACAUACACCACAUCAGAGGAAGGUUAUCAGAGGUUGCUGCCGGUAGUGAAAACCUGCAAGAGAGCAAGAGAGCACUCUGGCUGUGAACUCACAUAUGAAUCCUGUGAGACUCUGGCCUCAGCUCUGCAGACACCAAACUCCCCCCUGAGAGAACUGGACCUCAGCUACAAUGACCUGGGAGACAGAGGAGUGGAGUUGCUCUGUGUUGGACUAACCAGUCCACUCUGCAACAUACAGACACUAGUUCUAGGUCAGUGUGGUCUGACAGAGGGUGGCUGUUCAGAUCUGGCCUCAGUCCUGAGUUCACCCAACUCACAACUGAAACAACUGGAGCUGAGAGACAAUGACCUGCAGGACUCAGGAGUUACACUGCUGUCUGCUGGACUGGAGGAUCCAGACUGUAAACUACACACACUGGGGCUGUCUGGCUGUCUGGUCACAGAGGAGGGCUGUGCUGCUCUGUCUUCAGCUCUGAGGUCAAACCCCUCCCACCUGAAAGAGCUGGACCUGAGCUACAAUCACCCAGGAGACUCUGCAGGGGGACUGCUUUCAGCUGCUCUGGUGGAUCCCACAUAUAAACUGAUGAAGCUGAAUGUGGAUCAUGGUAGAGAGUGCUGGCUGAAAUCAGGGCUGAGGAAAUAUGCCUGUCAUCUCACCCUGGACCCAAAUACAGCACACCCAAACCUGAGACUAUCUAAGGUGAACAGGAAGUUGAAACGGGUGGAAGAGAAGCAGCAUUAUGAAGACCAUCCAGACAGAUUUAAUUGUCUUUCCCAAGUUCUAUGCAGAGAAGGCUUAUCUGGAUGUCGUUAUUACUGGGAGGUGGAGAGGCAUGGCAGCAAGGCUGACAUUGGUGUGGUGUACAAAGGAAUGAAGAGGAAGGGAUUGGGGUUUGACAGUAGGAUUGGAAACAAUAGGAAGUCCUGGUGUUUAUUCUGCUCUCAUAGAGGUUAUGACUUUAUCCAUGCUGGAGUCAGCAGAUCCAUCUCUGAUCCUGUUUCUGACAGAGUUGGAGUGUAUCUGGACUGGUCAGCUGGUACUUUGUCCUUCUAUGGUGUGUCCUCCUCUGGUACACUUACACACCUUUACACAGAACACACCACAUUCACUGAACCCCUCUAUCCUGGGUUUGGGGUUAGGUUUGGGGAUUACUCCACACUAACCCUGUGUCAGAUAGAUGUCCAACACAUUCAUAGAGACCAUGGUGGAGAGUGGAUUCCUCAGAGCUGUAAGAACUGUGACCAUGUUGAGGACUCCACACACUGGCUUCAGAUUGAACCCUUGACUUCCACUGUCCAGGGAGUGACAAUGUUCAGGCACAGGACACCCAAAGGGAGUUAUGAGUGCACAGUGUCUGGCCUCCGCUGGCUGUGUGAGAGAGAUGUCAUUCUGAAAUAUCACUUCAGGAACUGGGAACCCUACAGUCAACUUCUGAAAUACAUGCAGUACACACAAGGUGGUCCAUUGCUGGACAUCACUAUGGAGUUAGGUGAACUGGAGGAAGUUCAUCUGCCACACUGUGUCUGUUUAGGGACCAACCCUUCCCUGAGGAAUGAGAUGAAGAUUCUUCAUGUAGAGGAACAUGGAGUGUCUUUAGAGGAAGUGCAUGAGGUCACCAGAUUCCAUGCUAAGAUUCUCCAUCCCAAGUUCUCAGCUAUCUCUCUGAUACUGAGAUUACUGUCUUGGAACAGAGAUGUCCACUGUGACGUCGUCCUCUAUUUGGCAGUAAAAAGGUCAACAGUAAUUUCAAGGCUGUACCUGCUCCUCAGAAACUCCAGUCAGAAAGAGGCUGUUCAGGAACGGGAGAAAAAUCAGGUGUCCCAAGGAUAUUCAGAAUUUCUCCUGCCAAGUCCAAACAGGUCCUUAAAGCUGAACAGUUGGUUUGCGUUCAAGAAUCCCCACUCCACUUCCAUCAAUCCAGAGAAGAUUCAGCUGUUACCUGCAGACACCACACCAAGCUGUUGUCAGAUGAUUAUGGGAAACACAGGGGUUGACAUUGAGAUGGAGUUAAUCGGGGAUGAUGAGAGGACAGUAUGGAAAUCAGUGGUAUCAAAAGACGUAUACAGCAACGAUUCUCAUCCAAUAUCAUUAACACUCCCUGGGAUUCCUGCUGAGGAGUUUCUGAAGAAACACAGGGCUAAACUCAUUCAGGGAGUCAAAAACCCAAAGCCAAUAGCAGAUGUUCUGCGGUCAAAGGACAUGAUUGGUGAUGAAGAGUACUCCAGAAUAACAGCUGAAACAACUGAACAGGAGCGAAUGAGAGAACUACUGAAUGCAGUCCUCCCUAAAGGACCAGAAGUGAUGGGAGCUUGUCUCAAAGCUCUCAGUGAACAUGAACGCCAUCUUGUUAAGUACUUGAGUAAAUCUAGCACCUAAUCUGAAGAUGCUGAGGCCUGUCUCCUAUUCUGUGGACAAAGACACUUCUCCAACUAAUCUGAAGACGCUGAGGCCUGUCUCCUAGUCUGUGGACAAGGACACUUCUUCACCUAAUCUGAAGAUGCUGAGGCCUGUCUCCUAGUCUGUGGACAAAGACCCUUCAAUGAUUUAUUCAUGUGCUGUUUUAUAAACCAAUUUGUGUGUUCAUCAAGUGGCGGACUGUACAAAUCCUCACUAUCAGUAGCUGUAAUUUGGAUUACAGAUGGGGAAGCUGAUAGUCAGGCACAUUCACCAUAAAUACAUUAAAAAAAGAACUGUCAUUGUAGUGACAAAAAUAUUAGCUCACAAAAGAUACAUAAGAUAAAAUAUGCAUGAAAUUCUCAGCUAGUCAGGCUAGUCAAAGAUACACACCACCACGUUGACAUCUUGACCAAAGACCUUCCUUAGAUUCUUUAUGGGAUUACAACUCACUCUGUCUGAAGGAAGUGAGGAAAUUGACUCACUAAAGGGGAUAGCUGAGAGGGCAGAGAAGGCACGUGACAUCAUCGCCAUGGUGUUGAGAAAAGGAACUGAGUCAAGUACCAGGAUGAUCAACCUUCUUGUGGAGCUGGACCCCUGUCUUUGUUCACAGCUUCAGAUCAACAGUUGUAGUCAACCCCUGGGUGUGGGGAGACCAGGCAGAAUAGACAGGCAGGAUGGUUCAACAUGUUCUUGCUGUCUGUUGCUUUAAUUCAGGGUACAGAAAAUGUCAAUCAAACAUGACCACUAUAAUAACAAUAAACUUACUGAAGGACCAACCACACAGCGUUUCUCCUUCUGCAGCCUCUUGGAAGUGUGGAUCUUCUAGCAGGAGGGUCAGUCAGUCCUACACUAGGUACCUAGCUGGACCCCUAUCUAGCAGGAGGGUCAGUUAGUCCUCCACUAGGUACCUAGCUGGACCCCUAUCUAGCAGGAGGGUCAGUUAGUCCUACACUAGGUACCUAGCUGGACCCCUAUCUAGCAGGAGGGUCAGUCAGUCCAAAACACUAGGUACCAAUGACUUGAGAGUGGCUGAAGGACAAUCAGCCCCCAUCUAUACACAAUGUUUUACUAAAUGUUUUUUAAUGUAUUUUUUAAUGUUUAUCUACCUGCCCAGGGACUACAGUUGAAAACUAGCUCGCUGGCUAAAUCUGGCACAUUUACAAAAAUGUUGAUUGAUGUGCACAA